CGGGGACGGGCACGGGGCGGCGGUGCCAGGCCGGGCCGAGGCGAGAGCGGGCGAGCGCGCGCCUGUCGUCAUGGGUGACCAGGCCAUGAGCUUCGUGAAGGACUUCCUGGCCGGCGGCAUCGCCGCUGCCGUCUCCAAGACCGCCGUGGCCCCCAUCGAGAGGGUCAAGCUGCUGCUGCAGGUUCAGCAUGCCAGCAAACAGAUCAGUGCUGAGAAGCAGUACAAGGGUAUCAUGGAUUGCGUGGUGAGAAUCCCCAAGGAGCAGGGCUUUGCCUCCUUUUGGAGGGGCAACCUGGCCAAUGUCAUCCGCUACUUCCCCACUCAAGCUCUCAACUUCGCCUUUAAGGACAAGUACAAGCAGAUCUUCCUGGGGGGCGUGGACCGCCAUAAGCAGUUCUGGCGCUACUUUGCGGGUAACUUGGCUUCCGGUGGGGCAGCUGGGGCCACCUCCCUCUGCUUUGUCUACCCACUGGACUUUGCCAGGACCCGGCUGGCUGCUGAUGUUGGCAAGGGUUCCGCCCAGCGUGAGUUCAGUGGUCUGGGCGACUGUCUCAGCAAGAUCUUCAAGUCUGAUGGCCUGAAGGGUCUCUACCAGGGGUUCAGUGUGUCUGUCCAGGGCAUCAUUAUCUACAGAGCUGCCUACUUCGGAGUCUAUGAUACUGCCAAGGGGAUGUUGCCGGACCCCAAGAAUGUGCACAUUAUUGUGAGCUGGAUGAUUGCCCAGAGCGUGACGGCGGUUGCAGGUCUGGUGUCCUACCCCUUUGACACGGUUCGCCGUAGGAUGAUGAUGCAGUCCGGUCGGAAAGGGGCGGAUAUUAUGUACACGGGGACACUGGACUGCUGGAGCAAGAUUGCAAGAGAUGAAGGUGUCAAUGCUUUCUUCAAAGGAGCCUGGUCCAAUGUACUGAGAGGCAUGGGUGGUGCUUUUGUAUUGGUAUUGUAUGAUGAGAUUAAGAAAUAUGUUUAAUCUGGUAAUUAAAACUCAAGAUCAUUGGUUCUAGAUCCAUGAAUGGUUUAAUAGACCUUUCCUAGAAGUAAAAAGUUCUCGGAUGAAACCAGACUGAAAGGAAUAAUACCUCAAAGAACAGAAACAACAACAGAACCUUAACAUCGAGUGUUCAUUAAACCACAAAUGUGUUUUGUAUUUAUUUUACAUUUGAAUUCCCACAAUAAAUAUGAAAUAACGUCUCAUACUUAACUGAAAAGCAGAUGUGAAAUAUCAAUAAAAGACCAUUUAAUGAG